AAGAGGAUUGAAGAAGAAGAAGAAGAAGAGGAUGAGGAUGAUGAAGAAGAAGAGGAUGAGGAUGAAGAAGAAGAAGAAGAAGAAGAGGAUGAGGAUGAGGAUGAAGAAGAAGAAGAAGAAGUAGGAUGAAAAUAAGAAGAAUUCCAGUCCAGCAAAAAGUACCCCCCCGCCGGCAAAAAGUGUCACUGCAGAGAGCUCCGCUAUUUCUGACAGUUCUCUGACAGUUCCUUCACAUUUACAGCGUUGAAACAUUGUAUCAAUUUGUUUCC